AUGCAAGCAACUCACCCAACUAUCUUGAUCAACUUUGUGCCGGCUAAAUGCACAAGCGUUGCGCAACCCCUAGAUGUUGUGGUCAACUGCAUAUUCAAACAGUUGUUGAAAAUUUCUUACCAUGCAUGGCUCGUCGACAACUUGCUGUCGCAGAUGAAACAUGGCAAAGACAUGUCCCUCGACACCUCUAUUGGACCUAUGCGUGAUGCAAGCAUUGGAUGGCUUUGGAACGCGUUCUCAGCAAUCCAGAAAACUGUGUUAGUUCAAAGGGCAUUUGAAAUGUGUUCCACAGGGUGCCUAAAUCUCUCCUACAAAAGUCUCACGUCAUUCACAGCCCGUGAGAAUCUUAGAAACAUAAAACAUACCCGGCCGGAGUUCUGGCGAGAACUCAACACAACGACAACAGAUGAACUGUGCCCAGCCACUGUUGAGAAGCUAACAGAGGAUAUUGAGGCAACGGAACUCAAUGAUGAAGGAGGACUUGAUGACAGCGACGUACUUAUGGCAGACUUGACCGUGCAUGUCAUGAAGAAACCCGGGAGAAACCACUGUUAUACUGAACGCACACUACAGGCAGGGCUUUCAUCCUGUGCUGAAGCCGAGGGCAAUCUACCUGAACUUGCAGAAGUCUUGGCAACAGAUGCACAGAGAAAGAGCCAGCGAGAAAGAAAGCCCAAUCGGUUGUAUACCGGUUGGUGGAGGCACGUGAAUGACCAAGACCAGGACUUGAGCUUGAAUGCCGAGAAUGGGAUGGAUUCAGAGAUUGUUGGUCUAGCCUCGCAAACCAGGACCGAGACCAAGAAUCAGUCGCAAAAAGGAAGGGAAGGUAAAAAGAACACACCAAAGCGGUUCUAA